UCCAACUCGCCUUCCCAUUGGUCUGGAGGUACUGUUGUAAAAUGGCGCCCAGCGAAAUAUAAGUGGUCAAGAAAAAGAAAAAAACUGUCUUCAGCUAGAAAAUUAUUACAAAAAGAAGAAGCCUUAAAGCCACAGAGACAACUUUAAACAUUUGCUUCCUCGACGAAUAAGAAGGAGCGGGUAGAGAAGUGGCCGGCCCAAGACUCGGCACCAUUGAGGAAGAGAGGUAGCUUAUGCUAUCGAGCCUGCAAAACCUUUGCCAGCUAGCGGCGCAGCUAACAUUAAACACAUUUCUCCUUAAAGUAAGUGUUGGCAACAAUGAAUAAUUCCCUGGAUGGUACAAGCUCCUAUGAGGAGCUGGUGCGACAGAAAGCUCGGAGUAUCCCUCAGCAUCGCAUGAAGGAGUUUCUUGAGUCCUUGGCCAGUAAAGGCGCAGAUGCACUGCAGGAGUUCAGCCAACAAAGCGGAGAUGUUACAACCACCACAACAACGAUGGUGUAUCAGCAAGAUGCGAAUUGCAUCUACACAGACAGCACUGAAGUUGCAGGGUCACUUCUGGAACUAGCUUGUCCGGUUCAGGUCCAAGUUCAGACGCCGCAGCAGAUCCAAGAGUCAACAACCGGGCAACAAAAUGUUGAGAACGCAGAGAUAGUACAGGUGCAGAUUCAGGGUCAGUCGCCAGGGCAGAUGCUGGGUCAGGUCCUUCAAGUGCCCUCUAGUUCCCAUCAGCAGCUCCAAGGUGUGACAGCACAGCUAAUUCAGCCAGGAGAACUUACUGAGGAACAGCAACAGCAGCUCCAAGCCCAGUUGGUGGCGGCUGUUGCAGGGGGUCAACAGAUCCAAAUUCAAACAGUGGAUUCCCUCUCUCCAACUCAGCAACAGGACAGCACCGAGAGGAGGGCUUUGGGUGCCUCCUCCCAAGGCGCAGGUGUCCUCCAGCCAGCCAAGAAACGAAAAGUGGACAUGCCCAUCACAGUGUCCUAUGCCCUACCUGGUCAGCAGGUGGCGACAGUCUUGGCUAUCCCACAAGCGCAGGGUCAGCAGCAGAGUUAUGUUUCCCUGCGACCUGACCUGCUAACAGUGGACAGCUCCCACCUUUACAGUGCUACUGGCACAAUCACCAGCCCCACAGGGGAGACCUGGACCAUUCCUGUCUAUUCUGCUCCUGCAGGAGCUGGAGGACGGGAGCAGGUCACGCACAUUGCCAUCCCUCAGGAAGCCUAUGGAACUGUGCAGGUAGCCGGGGCGAAUACUACAACCAUGACCACAAUGCCAACACAAGUCACUGUUGAAAAUGACAAGUUGAAAAACUCGUCCAGUCAAAGUCAGACAGCUCAGGCUGUUUCCAGCAUAACAAGCACUGGAGGAAUUGGGGGGCAAGAAGAAGUGGUGCACACCUUGGCCGCGAACACACUGUUCCCUGCUCAACUGAUGAAUGGCAAUAUCCACAUCCCAGUAGCAGUACAGGGCUACUCCAACACUACGCAGUCACUCAUUUGGGACCCGCAGCAGCAGGUGCUGCACACACAGGGACUAACUGGGCAGGAUGGACAGCCGAUACAGGCCCAGGCAGUGGUGGCAGAGGUCGACGGGCAAGGCCAGCAGCAAGUGCAAGUUCAGGAGCUUCUCCUUCCUGCCACUCUCAAACCAGAGGAAGGGCUGGAAGUGUGGUGUUCCUGGGCUCAGCGGAAAAAUGCGGAAAUGGACAAAUCAGAUCAAAACAAACUGGCUCCCAUUGGCCGACGGCAGGCGCUGCGUUUCCAGGAAGACUUGGUCUCGUGUGCUGUAGCUGAGCUCUGCAUGGGUCUCUCUUUAAUGACCACAGAGGCCCGAGGCCUAGAAGGAGAGCCAUACGAAGCUGACGUCCUUUACUAUGUAUUUCUGUGUAUCCAAAAAUAUCUGUUUGAUAAUGGUCGCGUGGAUGACAUCUUUUCAGACCAGUACUACACUCGUUUUGGUAAAAGUUUACACCAGAUUCUCCAACCCUGGACGCCGUCUGUUCAUCCACUUGGCUAUAUAAUCCCCAGUCAUGUGACAGAGGAGAUGCUGUGGGAAUGUAAACAACUUGGAGCUCAUUCCCCAUCAACGUUACUUACAACUCUAAUGUUCUACAACACAAAGUAUUUUCAUCUGAAGACAAUUGAGCAGCAUCUAAAGGUUGCCUUUUCUAAAGUCUUAAGACACACCAGGAAGAGUCCCAAUAAUCCCAAAGACAAGAGCACCAGCAUUCGAUACCUGAAAACAACAGAAAGAUUCAUAGGUCAGAAAGUCACAGAUGACAUGUACUCAGAGCAGCUGGAAGACCCAGAAAAUCCUUUACGAUGCCCCAUCAAGCUGUAUGAUUUCUACCUCUUCAAAUGUCCGCAGAGCGCCAAGGGACGUAACGACACAUUCUACCUAACUCCAGAGUCCGUUGUUGCUCCAAACAGCCCCAUCUGGUACUCUACUCAGCCGAUCCCAAAAGAGGAGUUGGAACAGAUGUUGACUCGCAUCCUUGUUGUCCGUGAAAUCCAGGAAACCAUCAAUAGCUUACACUAAUUGGACCGAAAGUGUUACCCACAUGAACAAAACUGCUCCUUUAUCUUCACCAUGCCUUGAGAACUCAUUUAGUAGUACUUUCUAUUCCUUCACAUCUCUUGCAGGCAUGGAUAUGUUCAUAUUCAUUUAUCUGCAAACCUAUUAUCUUGUACAUGUGAAAUGUACAUACAGUCAGUACAAGCAAUUAUUUCACUUAUUCAAAGGAAUACCUUAACUACUCUGCUGUUUUGUUCCUUGUUCCUUGGCCAAAGGAUGAUUGGACCUAAUCUCUCAGCUAUAAUUUUGUAUAUUUUAACUGUGGGUCUUUUCAUUAUUCGCUAUGAAAUGUUUAUAUGCUUUCCAGAAACAACCGUAAUAUAUUUCUUUUGCUACUUUUUACGGACUUCCUUUCCUUUAUAUUCAUCUCAGCGGUAUUAAUGCUGAGGGUGGUUUGACAACUUUAUUUUUACUCUUUCUGUCUGCUCACGCAAAGGAUAUGGAACUUUGUGGAUGCUGGUUGUGUAGAACUCCCCCACCCACCCCAAUUGGAAAUUAAGCGCCUCCAAGUUGUCUCGCGAUGGACAUUCGGCAACGGGGAGGGCCCUGCAUCGCUCUUAAAUCAUGCUAAAGAGCAACAAUUUGUUUAUUAUGCGAGUCUAAAUACUCUUCCAAGUGACAAGCCUUUAAUGUUCUAUAAUGUAAAAUAUUCAGCUCCUCCAUGUAGUGAGACUGGCUGUGCCUGAGGGUUUUCUGAAACAUGACCUUUUUUGUACAGCUGCUAUACCAUGUGUUUGCCUUUCUAGUAGGUUCAGUGUCUGUUCUGCACAUGCAUCCUUAAGUACUAGUAGCUCGCAUUGUGUCAUAAUAAAAUGCUGCACAAUGAA